CUGGAACCGCUGGCUCAGUAGGGAGGAAUGGAGGAGUGGAGGUGUCUGGGAGGCAGCGAGUGAGUGAUGCACGAUGCUCCCACCAAAGACUACGCCCUCCCGUGCAUAGGUGUUAUUAAAGAUGGGGAGCCACAGCGCACCCCGUCCAAUUUAGUGGCUCGUGUGGGCUGCAGUGAGGCAGUGAGAAGCAGGGAGUGAGGGAGGGGAGAUAUGGCGUCCAGCGGCCCUCAGCACCCCGACACCCACCACUCCGAGGCGCCUCCUGACUGCUCUCCCGCCGCCUCCACUACACCUGCUUCCUCCACCACCACCUCGGCCUCACCGCCAACAGUCACCAUGGCGGGGGCGACGGCUGCCAGUCCUCAGAAGACCCCACACCAGCAGGGACAGCCGUUCGAGCCCCUUGACAAGGCCUCCAGCCAGACCGUCAAGCUAAACCCCAAGCUAGAACUGAGCCUCAAUGACCUCCUACGGCUCUUGUCGUACAUGGAGGGAGAGCUGCAGUCCCGGGAUGUGGUCAUAGCAACACUCAAGACUGAACGUGUCAAGAACUUGCUCCAAUAUGGCCGUGUUGGGUUGAGCGAUCCUUUCCUGGCGCUGCAGAGAGACAGCAUUGGGGGCUCGGUGGUGAGGGGUGGUGGGGUGAAUGAAGCUGAACUGCGGGCACUGGAGGAGACACAACUGGCUCAGCUGGAACACCUCAUUGCCCAGCAGCGGAAGGCUCACCAGCGCAUGCGGCACGUGCUGAGGGAGGCAGAGAAGCGACACUCUCGGGUGGUGGCUGAGCUUGAGGAGGAGAGGAGAAAGCAUGAACACGACACAGCUCAGGGGGAUGACGUAACUUAUGCCUUGGAGAAGGACCGCACUAGACUGAAGCAGGAGCUUGAAGCAGAAAAGGCAGCUAAGAAGAAGGUGGAAAAGGAGCUUAGAAAAGUACAAGAAACUUUGGAGGAGGAACGAGGGCGACAGAAACAGAUUAUCCUGAUGUUGGUGGAGGAAAGGAAAAGGCUAGCACUGCAGUAUGUGGAGGAGCGAAAACGAUCAGAAGACCUUGCCCAGAUCCUGUCUGAGGAGAAAGGACGAAUUGAUUCCAUGGCUGAAGGUCUUGAAGAAGAGAGCAAAAAAUCUCUACAAAUGGAAGCUGAACUGGAAAAACAGCUUGCUGAUUUUGAUACUGAAAGGCAGCAGAUGAGAGGCCAGCUGACUAAAAAAGAAGAAAGAAUCAGUGAGCUGGAAGCAUUGUUGGAGAAGCAGCAGCGGGAGGUGGACCACUAUAAGAAGCAGCUGCAGGAGGCACACAAUGUUGCCAUGUUCCAGCAGACAUUAUCAGUCUCACCACCACGUAUUGGCAUUGCCACUCGGCCUGCACCACCCCAGUUGCCUGCAAAGCCUGCCACCCUCACCCAGCCCCAGCCUAGGAUGUCGGGUGCUUUAACUCCUCCCAAGAUCACUCCCCGUGUAAGAGCAUCUUCUCCAGGCCUGGAUGAAGUCACAGGAGUACCGCUGAGUUUGGGCUUGAAUGUUGCGCCCCACCACGUGUCAUCCGGCCAAGGCUCCACCAACCCUUCCCACAGUGUGCCCCCAGGGGUAGCCGCCAUGAGCAGUGUAACAAAGGCAGUGCAGCUUACUGCCACAGUCAACUCUGUGCCUGUAGCUGGCCCAACCACAGGCAUAGCUCGGGGAGUCCAGCCAGGUGUCGGGCUGCGGCCUGUGAUGUACAGUGUGUCAACCUCUGAAGUGACCAGGACAGUGACAACAGCAGCAAAAAGCUACAGCGUAAGCGAGAACGAGGCCGGGUGGACUGGAGGCAGCGAGGGCGAGGGGCCGGGCGGUCUGGCAGGGGGGGUGCCCGGGGCGGUGGAGCGCGGAGUGGUGCGAGUGACAGGUCCAACAGGGGAGGCCAGGAGUCAGGCCCAAGUGGUGCAAGUGACCCCUCGGGUGAAUGUGUCUGCCUCACCCGGCACCAAGGUGAUAACCACCACCCAUGGCGGCAAGGUAACCUUUCACGUGACCACCAAUGCUCCCACCACCACGGCUGCCUCUGCCCCCCCAGCCUCCAACGGGCAGCAGCAGCAGACACAACAGCAGACACCACAACAGCCAACCCUCUCUCAGACUGCAACCAUGAUCAAGAAGCCGCCACCACCCACCAGAUCAACUCAGCCUGGGGGACCGCCACCACCUGUACCUCUAAACAAGCCCACAGCAGCCCCGCCUGUGCCCCCCAACAAGCCAGCAGUGCCACCCAAGAAAGAUCUUGUGACACGGGUGGGGGCGGGGGGACAGGGAGUUGCAGUGGAGCCAGGGACACCUAUCAGUGUUGAGGUUAAGCCACAGAAAGUGGGACCACAGACAGUUAAAUUUGGCAUCACGAUAUCAAAGACGGCCACAAGUGGCAGCGGCAGCGGAGGCCAGUCGGUGGGUUCAGGUGGAGGCGGUGGCCAGGCAGUGGUGGGUGUGGGGUCUGGGGGCUCUGGAGGGGGAUCAGAGACCCCAGUGGCCCCCUCAGUGGAAGGGGGAGCAGUGUCCCCCCGGAGAGACGCGGCGCAGGUUGGUGGAGGCGGCCCCCCGGUGCAUGCCACUGCCUGUGUGGACUCCCUCUCUCCCGAACUAGAGCACUUCCACCAGUUACUCAUUAGCAUGGCAGGUUCCUCAGACGUAGCAGUCCCAGCCAUAUCAAACCUAGUUUCCCCCUCCAACCCCUCCUUGACCCCAAAUACACAUGUCUGUUCAUCCCCUUCCCAGAGUUCAUGUACUUCCCUGCCUUCUGUUCCUCCCUGUGGGCCCUCCUCACCCCUCUCCCCUCUGCUCCACCAUUCUGCCUCCCUCAGCACUGACCACGAAGGACUUGCCUCUGCGUCUUCCUCCACCGUACCCCUCACACUGCCACCGCCGAUGCCUACCUUUAGCCUCCUGAGUAGUCCCUCUUCUGUAGCAGCUGCCUCAGUUACCCUAGCUCAUUCUCCUCCACACUCCACCCUCUAUUCAUCAUCCCCAGUGUCCCCUGUGGCCCGUCUAACAGAGUCACCACAUCCAACUAACACUCCUCAGUGUACACCUAAGAUUUCGUCGUCAUCAUCAUCGCCAUCGUCGUCAUCAUCGCCUUCCGCCACCACCUCAACACUCUAUUAUCAGCAUUGCUCUCCUUCUACCACCACUGCAGUCAUCACCACUACCAGCACCACCACUACCACAACUUUGUCUCCAUCUGAUUCACUGCCUCCACCACCACCACCCCUGCCACUGGGUGACUGCCCCAUCGUCCUCACCCCAGUGGAGGGCGAGGACCUGGAGCCUCCACAUUCACCACUUGAUGUUUCAACACCUCUCACCAUGGAUGGGAUGACAGCCCUUCACCUUGCAGCUCAGGGCAAUAAUUGGCAGUCAGUGGCAGUGCUUGUGAGGUGUGGUGGCAGUGUUAGUGCCGAGGAUGAUGAAGGCCGCACCCCUGCUUUCUUGGCUCUCCUGUAUGCCUGUACCCCUGCUGCUGCUGCCCUCCUUGCCUUUCCACAGUCCUUAGAGCACACCACCAAGGAUGGCUGCAACUACUUACAUGCUGCAAUAAAGUCGGGUGAGGUAGAGUGUGUGGAGGUUCUGCUGCAGCACAUUUUAGCUACUGAAGACGGGUUGCAUCUCCUGCACUGGCUUGCUGGAGGCCCAGACCAUCAAGGCACCACACCCUUGGCUCUGGCUGUGGCUAAUCCCACUGCUGACUUGUUGGCUGCAAUGGGUCAUGCUGGGCUGGACAUCCCAGCCUUAUUAAGUCAUGACCCCAGCCUACUGAAACUUGCAUCAUCUGCCUGCUUGGCCCUUCUUUCCAGUUCUAGUCAGAGUGAAAGUACCUGUUCCGUGUGGCUGGAAGGGCUGGACCUGGACAGAGUUAUAAAUGGAGAUGGAAGCUGCACACAUGAACAAGAAGAUGAGUUUGAGUCAGGUGCCAACAGCAGCAGCAGCAAGCAUCAUGGGGAACGAUGGCCCAUUGGAGCCGUGAGAGUCACCACCACCACCCUCUGGGCUGUACUUGAAGAGGCACUCACCUCUCUUGCUCUGCACCACCUCGAAACAUUAACAAGAAGUCACAGCCCAGGGGGAAUUAGCAUGGGUGGCUCUGGGCGACACAGCAGUGGUGGCAGCAGCAGCAACAGCAGCAGCAGCAGAGGUGAACGGAGGCGGUCAGACCCUCUCCAGGAGAUGGAGGUCAAUGUAGCACACUUAGGAAUCACCAAGGCAGCCAUCAGCCAUUUCUCAAUUGGCCAUCACAAAUGGACACGGGGUGAAUAUGGAUUGGUGAGUGGACCAUUUGAUCUCCUAGCAAACAAUGGCAGCCAAGACAUUUGUAUCCACUUCAGGCCCCUUGAAGCAGCUGCAUAUUCCCUCUUAGUACCUGUACCGGUUCUUAAAAACUAUUUAAGAUUGAUGGAGCAGUCCCAGUGUGUGGUGGUGUACGGGCCACGGGACAGCGGCAAGUGCUCACUUGUCAGGUGCUUGGCUCAUCUCAAGGGUGGUAGCAGUGGUGUUGGGGUCACCAGAAUUGAUCUCGCCAGAGGUCGGGCAGCUGGCCUGGAGACAGUGCGUGGUGUAGCAGAGAGUGGUGGAAGCUUGGUGUUGGAACACGUGUCAAGAGAGGCAUGGCCAGCUGUGUGGGCCAUGGUGCAGGGUGUCUCUGGGGGCACUGUGCUGGUCACCAUGGAUGCUUGGCGACGGCCUGGUGGUGGCCAACUGGAGGGUGGUGUGUUGUGGGUCCAGCUCCGUCAUGAUAGAGAACCUCUGAUUUCCACCCUCUCCCGCUCCCUUGUACGUCUCCUGGCCUCCCAGCAUGCUGGAGUGUUGCCUUCCCCAACCUCACAUACCCAGCGCACUGUUGAGUGGGUUACUGCUGCCUCAAGCCGCCUGGCUGCCACCCUCAUGACCUUGGGUUUCUCUUCAGCCCUUCAUGGCCCGCAUCUCUUUUCACGGGCAUUGCGUGGGGCUGCUAGCCCUGGAGACAUACUAAGGGAGGUGAAGCACCUGUGGAAUUCUGUGGUCAGCCCAGAGAUCCGCACUGAGGUAGUGAGUGUGUGGCGGCGGUCCAGUGUGGGAGGCGAGGUGGAUGAGGCACGUGUCACUAGCAUGGCACUCUACGUAGUGAUCCAGCGCAGCUUAGCACCUGGCUUGCCCUUAUCCCCGCCACAGGCACAUAAUUUUCUGGCAUCCUUGGACGGUGGUCUUGGCCGAUCGGCUUUCCGUAGCUUAAAAUCAAGUGUGUCAUCUGCCCGGCCCAAGGACCUUCCCUUGGAUGUGAUUGGUAGCCCUCUGUGGACAGGUUCAUCACAGCAGGUGACAGAGAUAUCCCAGCAGACCAGUCCUCCUGUUGGUCUGUCCUCCCCCACCUCACCAGAAUGGGAUGAAGCUAAUCUCACCAAAAUCUUGGGACUCUCUCCCAUGGGUUACACAUGACUGUGGCAUCAUAUUUCCUGACUUACCUCAUAGUCUUUUAAUGACAGUGAGUGAUUGGAGACAUGGCGUUGCAUUCUUCCCCAAACAUUGCACAUGCCUUUUGAAACUCACUAAACAGAGACUUAAGUUUUCUUAUAAUAUUCAGACUGGUUUCAGUGAAAAAACAAUGUGUCACCAAUGCAUCUCUGCAGUGUUUUAAGCAUGGCUUUUGCAGAGAGGUGGAGAUCUUUAUAAUAUUAAGUUAAAAAAAUAUAAUGUGGUUGAGUCACAUUUGGCAUUAUUGCUCAACUCUGCCAGUGUUUAGGUGCUAUGUGUGAUUGCUGCCAGUAACCAACAAGUAAGCAAAGUAGGGCAAUUUUACUGAGUUUUAAGGCAUGUGUUGAGUGUAAUUGCCAUUGUUGAGUGGAUGCCUGUUUCUAUCAUUCGUAGUGAUAAUCACCCUCAUCUCUAUACCCUAAUGUAUUGGAGCAGCUUGAUGUGAUAUUUGCAUUUGUUCUUCCAGUGGUUUGAGCUGUUUUCCUUUCCUGACACAGAGCUUUUGUACUGGUGGAGUGAGGAGCAGCCUGAGUGUGCACGGCUAGAGGAGGACAACUCAUAGCUUUAAUAUUAAUCCCGUAAUAAGUGAUGCCCAUCCCCGGAAACUAGUCUAGGGUGAAAUAUAGCAUUGUGUCCCUCUCACCUAACUUCAUGUCAACUCUAGGGCUCAUAUACUUAAUGCAGAAACUUGUCUAAAAAUUCAAGGUACUUCAUACCGAAUUCUGCAAGAUGAAUCAUUGUGUUAUUUUGUAACUUGAAUCCCGCUCACUCUGUGAACAACAUAUUGAUCUUCCACUCAAAUGCAGUAAAAAAAAAGAAAAAAAAAGCAAUCCAAUACUCCUUAUGUGUGUUAGAUUAUGUAUAAUAUUGAGACUUCUGAACUGUGGUAAGUAACUUUAAAGAUAUUUGUCAGCGGAUUUGAUCAGAAUAUCAUACUCAAUUCAGUGGUAUUAUUGAAUCUUUCUCCCCUUUUUUUAUUUCAUUUAUAGUGUGUCUGUAUGUUUGUGUGUGUAGGUGUGUGUGUGAGUGUGUGUCCCCAUAUGCAAGAUUGCAUACAAUACUUAAUCCGUUAGAUCACUGAAAUAUGCAUGGGAUGAUCAACAGUGAGUAAUGACCUACAGUCCUAGAGGAAAAGCAUGUGCAUUGGAAUUGAGCCAAGGCCUUUCCAUGGAAGUUGUACUACAUAUUGUGACUCCCCCAACACAGUCUUGGUUGCAAGUCCCAUGAUCCUAUGGACAUUUUAGAGAUGAAGUGGCUCUCCCAUCAUUAGUUUCAGCAAUACGGUGUUGUUUUGCCUUAAUAAUUAGUCACAUUAACAAGUGAAAGUGUGCAUUCAUAAGAAAAUAUGAUACAGCUAUGUACACAGUAAACACAUGCUGGUGAUAAGAUGCUAAUAGUGGAGGAGUGGAAGGAUUAUAUAGACUGACUUGUUUUUUUAGCAUUUUCAUUAUUUUGAGAGUCAAUGAACUGAAGUUUAACUUAUAUAGCAGCUUCAGUCAUGUUGUAGACAAGGAGGAUCCCCUUGCAUGCCAUAGUUAUUUGUGUCACGUUGUUCUGUUACUUAUUUUUUACUAGAAUUUAUCUCAUCUUGCCUAAUGAUAAGUAGGUUACUUUAUGAAACUCAGCCUAUUUUUUCAUAGCAACAUUAUAGGUUGAGAGGCAUUGAUUUGCUCACUAUAAAUUAUUGUAUUGUAAUUUGAUAGAUUGAUAAUAUGCAAGAAACAUGUAUAAUAUCAUCAUAUAUUUAUGUGGCAUUAGGCUCUAGUAUAAUGAAAAUAUAUUCCCAGAUGGAUAUUGUAUCAUUUGAUCAUUGCUAGAAGCACCUCUUGAGAGACUUUCAAGUAGUGGAUUCAGCUAAAUCAGUGGGUGCCUUUGAUCAGGUGAAGAACUGGCCAUCUCAUAAAUUGUUCAUGAACUCAGUAGUAAAAUGUGUAGAAUUUUUCAUCUCUCAUAACUCUAAGCCAUUAAGUUGUACAUGAACUAGUGCAGCUGUAAUCUCUUCAUUCACUAUUGCAAUUCUCAAUUUUUUUCUUUUUGACACAGUUUACAAAAUUGUCAUUAGAUUGAGGCCAGUGUCAUCCAGGAGUAUAUUCUUAAUUGAUUCCUUAGGGUAGAGUCUUGGAAAACUUCUUGCCACAAUCUGGAGGAAAGUUGUAAACUGUGGAGAGGAACAGUUGAAAUCUAUGGUGUUUCUCAAAAAUUAAAAUGCAAGUGUAUCCAUUGGAACUUUGGGGUCUUUUUGGCCCAAAGCUAAGUGAGACCCACCUCCUGUGUUGGACAUUGCAUUAUUGUCCAUUUAACUUGAUACCCCUUUCUUGUAACAAAACAAUUAUUGCAUAAACUGCUAAGCAAGUUUUCUUUUACAGUACUCAGGAUAGUCUAGCAAGACUUAAACUCUGACUUGUCUUCAUGCAAAUUAAAUCUCUUACAUUCUGU